UUCCCUCUCUCCCACUGUCCCAUAGCCGAAGAAAAGGCGGCCAUGGUAUUAUUGCCAAUGUCGCAGUCCAUCGACACACUCCCUUCUCAGCUCGACAACGGCCUCUCUAAAACAUCAUCCUCCAAAUCGUCCGUUACGCACACGCUGCCAACGACAGCCAUACCAGGCGAGGCAGAGCCACAGCAGCCCAAUUCAGAGCCCAUGUUGGCCGAGAAAGCUCCAGAAAGGUCCCCUCGUAUAACACUCCGCCUCCCAUCGCUAUCGCGCCUGAUCGACGCCCGUCCGAAGAAGGCCUUGCCGACAAGAGUGGUAAUUGGAAAACAACCUUCAAAGCGAAGAGAACAGUCACUUGCGAAGGCUGAAAGGGAACGCGAGCAACGAGAAGAUAAUGAUGACAAGAGAACCAAGGUGAAACAGUCGACACUCUUCCAGAGUUUUGCCAAGUCCACACAUUCCAAGCCACGGGUUAUCGAGCUGAGUAGCGACUCAGAAGCUGGCAGUGACGGUGACUUGGACAAGGACAGUCAGCCGGUGGUGAAUGUGGAACAAAUCAGGGAUGAGGAAAUGGACAAGCCGAUAGAGGAUGAAUAUUGGUGCGAGGAUGUGAUGAUUUUGGAUGGGAACGAGCUUGAAGAAGAACAUGUGGAGGGACUCGGAAGCCAGUCGGUGUUUGGAGAGAGAGGCCUGUCGUGUCCCAUCCCAUCUGCCACAUUCGACAACGAAGCUGAUGCAACGCCCAUCACAACUCCAGUGAAAGUUGGAGAAGCCGAGGAGAAAUCAGAUGGGGAAGGGAAUCCAAGAGAGACGAGGCGGAAGGUGACGGUGGAGGAAAUUGAGGACGACUAUGAGGGUGGUGCAGAGAUCACGACUGAACCUGCUCAAUUAUCAGCACAAGAGCGAGCGGAAGAAGGACUAGAUGACGAACCUUGGGACCCAUCGCAGGAGGUGCACCCUCACGCUCUUUACCCGCCUGCGACACCUGCUGAAGUUCUUGCAACCUCACCGCAACAGCCACCUUCGCCGCCUCAGCACUCAGAACCACUUGCAUACCCGCACUCCCAGCACGGCUUUACCAUGCCAAACCGCACCAAGCCGCGUCAAGUUCCUGCCCAGAUUCCAUCGAAUAAUGCUGUCGUUGAUGCGAUUCAAAAUCUCGAAGAUCUUUUGCGGCCGCGACGGCGAAAUGGCACUGGACGGAUUCGUGCAAAACUCGAUCUUGUCAUCCAGGCUCGUUUGGAGGCGGUGCAACGUUUCUUGCGCUUGUAUAGAGCUGCUGGAUUCAAAGGGUGGACGACACAGUCAGAGCUGAUUGCACGAGCGGGGGGGAAGAUGGGGGCGCAAACGUGGUUGGGAAGGAAACUGAGGGAGUGGUCAAUCGCGUUCUGCAAAGAUAAAAAGAACAUACCUUCACACAAAUAUGGUCGCUUCAGUGCCUCGAUGCUUUCGGAUGAAGACAUUGCAGCCGACAUCCAUCUCCACCUCCAAUCCCUUGGUAAAUGGGUAUCCGCAAAACAAAUCGUGCGCUAUGUCCGGACCCCAGAGUUCCAAGCUCGUUUGCGUGUCAAACGUGACAUAUCCGUUCGUACAGCACAGAAUUGGAUGCACAAAAUGGGUUAUCGAUGGAGGAAGGAGCCGAAAGGAAUGUAUUCAGAUGGACAUGAGCGAGCUGACGUUGUGGACUACCGCCAGAAUGUCUUCUUGCCGAAGUGGAGGGAAAUCGAGGCUCGCUCACGUUGGUGGACACCUGACGCAACAUUCGAUACAGUCGAUUUCGAAUGUCGACAGAGGCUGUUCUUGAGUAAGGAAGUCGAUGUCCGUCCGAACACCACAUGGAGGCAAGACGAGUCCACCUUCUAUGCUAAUGACCGGCGAACAUUGCGUUGGGUCCAUGAGUCGGAGACAGCAACGUUGAAGGCAAAGGGAGAGGGAGCGAGUGAUAUGAUCGGCGACUUUGUGUCACCAGAGUAUGGCUGGCUGCGAUCAAAGAAACUAAAUGCCGCAGGAGAAUCUGAAGAUGCGCGCGUUCUUUUGAAGCCUGGAAAGAACCGCGAGGGAUAUCAAACAACGACCACUAUUCUUGCCCAGGUCACGAGAGCGAUGGACAUUCUGGACCGCGACUAUGCUCAUGAUCGCCAUACAUUUGCGUACGACAACGCAACGAUCCAUACAGCCCGUGCUCCCGAUGCUCUGAGUGCCAUCGAUAUGACUCUCGGACCCUCUCAAAACUUCAACAAAGUCAAAGGUCCUGAUGGCGUUGCUCGCUGCGUCCGUAUGCGCGAUGCUCGAUUCAAAGAUGGCACACCACAGUCACUUUACAAUGCUGACGGUGUAUUCAAAGGCUUGAAAUCACUCAUCCAAGAACGACGUGCUAAAGCUCAAGCUUCAAGUGCCGAAGCUCAACUGACACACGCUGCUGCCUCCGCAAAAUGA